CACUGUGGUAGGAACUGUUCCCUGGGCUACUGUUUUCCUGUAGGAUUGUGUUUGUUACUGCUUUAGAAAGCCUAACACUUAGUAAAGGUCUCUUCAGUUUCUUCCAGGCUAUAGAACUGUCCAGUGAAGCCAUGGAGAAGAAUGCCACACUGCUGACAGAGUUUGUUCUCACAGGACUCAGUCACCAGCCACUGUGGAACAUCCCUCUGUUCCUGGUCUUCUUGGUGAUCUAUCUCAUCACCAUUGUGGGAAACAUCAGUCUGAUCACUCUCAUCUGGACUGACCCUCACCUUCACAUCCCCAUGUAUCUGUUUCUUGGAAGCUUGGCUUUUGUAGAUACAUCUAUUUCUUCCAUAGUGGUCCCAAAGAUGCUUCUUAACUUCUUUGGUAUGAGCAAGGUGAUCACUCUAUCUGGAUGUAUGGCACAAUUUUUUUUAUUUAAUAUCAGUGCAACCACAGAGUGUUUCCUCUUGGCAGCAAUGGCCUAUGAUCGCUAUGUAGCCAUAUGCAAACCUUUACUCUAUCCAGUAGUUAUGACCAACGGUCUGUGUGUGUGGCUGAUAGCCUUGUCUUUUAUAGCUGGAAUUAUUCAUGCUUUGAUUCAUGAAGGUUUUUUAUUGAGAUUAACCUUCUGUAAUUCUAACAUGAUACAUCACUUUUAUUGUGACAUUAUAUCAUUGUUAAAGAUUUCCUGUACUGACACGUCUCUUAAUUACCUAAUUGUUUUUAUUUUUUCUGGUUCAAUCCAGGUUUUCACUAUUUCAACUAUCCUUGUCUCUUACACUAUUAUUUUGUUUACAAUCUUAAAAAAGAAAUCUGCCAAAGGCAUAAAGAAAGCCUUCUCGACCUGUGGGGCCCAUCUCCUAUCCGUGUCUUUAUACUAUGGCCCUCUUCUCUUCAUGUAUGUGCACCCCGCAUCUUCAGAAAUAGAUGAUCAAGAUAUGAUAGACUCUCUGUUUUACACUGUCAUAAUUCCUGUUUUAAAUCCAAUCAUUUACAGUUUGAGAAAUAAGCAAGUUAUUGAUUCAUUGGCCAAAUUUUUAAAGAGAAAUGUUUAGAUUUCUUACAACUCUCUGUUACAUUUAGG